AUGAACUCAUUUGAAAAGUUUAAAUUUUCAUCAACUGUCAAGAGUGAUUUUCUAUCACAUGAACCGCACCCUAAUACCUCUGUUGCGUCAUCAAAUGUUAUUGAUGAUUUGCUUGUAAACCCUCAAAUAAUUGUUAAUGAAUUCAAUCCGGCGGUGUUUAACUCUUUCUCGGAAGAACCAUUUGAAGAGUGUGAUGAAUCACAGUCAAGAGUUUUUCCCGAAGAAAUGCCCACCAGUGCGCUUGAACAAGCGUCAGAGCCAUCGGCACAUGAUCAUGUUGAUUCGUUGCGAUUACUUAUGCCACCUGACCCUUAUCAACGCGCUCGGUAUGAUGGAGAACUUGAUGAGGAUCUUCGUUUUAUUUCCACACCGAGCAACAAAGGCAUCGUACUGGAGAUAUCCGAUAUCCGAAGUCGUAUACCUGAUAAUAUGGCGGUCAUGUUACGUGCGUCUCGCACUACAACUCCAUUUGGCACUGAUGAAACGAUCUGUUGCCAUCCGUAUCCAUUAUCGACCGUAAACAAACAAGCGAUAGUUCACCAUGGUUCAUUGCUAUUUCCUGUAUCGGAUAAAAACAUAGAAGAACAAAGAAUAAUAAUUGACGACCUAAUUAUGUCGCGAUUAAAACAAUCUACUGUGACAACCAGAAAGCAAUCCAAAAAAUGCUUACAUGGGAACAACUUCUAUGAUGUCAAAUAUUUGAAUGAUACGUUGUCGCCGUUGUUGAGAGAUAAUGGGCGUAUAGUGAAUGUAAGCAGUGGCAUAGCAUCAUUGACGUUGGAACGCUAUUGCAAAGAUUUACAAGUCAAACUUCUUGAUCCCAAUAUAACAGAAAGUCAAUUAGAGCAAAUUUUUACUGAAUUAUUCAGAGUAGUUCAAGAAGGAAAUGAUUUCAAAACAAUUGGUUUCAAUCUUGUUAAAAUUCCAAAUUUUGAUGAUUACUUUGCCUUAUACUAUGGCGCAUCCAACUUGGGUGCCAAUAUUCUGACCCUGCUGUGUGUCCAGGGCUUUUGUGCAACUGAUAUUAACAAUCGAGCAGACGGUGGACGACCCGCUGAGCUUGGAGCAGAUUCUAUCUUACAUGCUGUUUAUACGGAAAACCUUGAAAAUGGACAAUUUUCGAAGGGUGGUACACGUUUGCCACUCGAGGCAAACCGAUAA